GCUUUUCCCCCAGGUUUAUAUAGAUACCGUCAUUACCACAGUCCAUUUAGUAAGUUACGUUAAACUAAAGAGUGAUGUAAGGAAAGACAUACCAGAUAUACCUGUUAAUUUUUGUGUUGUUGAAGUGGAUAUAAUAAUUAAUAAUUAGCAAAAAUGGUUGGUGCACGCAUAUGGAUGUUGUUGGUGAUUUGUUUGUAUCUGUUUACUGAUACUGAGGGCCGCAGGAAGCUCAAACGAGAUCAAUACGAAAGUUUGAAAUCUGUUGAAGAUGUUGACUUUAAUGACGAUUACGGCGAGCUGGAACCUUGCCAGUGCGGCGUAUUCAUGUCGCAACAGGUAGGCGUGAAGGAAGGUCGCCGGAGCAGGCCUCGUGGUCCCCCGGAAGGCGAGCCAGUGGUUACCUACGACACGGACUCCCCAAGCCUGCCUUGUGGUGGUGGUGGCUUCAAACAUUGUGUUAAUAAAUGUCUUGAUGUGAUAUUGAAAUACCUCCCUCGUGCCGGUCCCGUCAUAUGUGGGGCAGUAGAGCGGGAUAUACACCGAGAGAAAGCUUACCUCUUCAUCAAGAACUGCGGCGGGGAGUGGACACCUACCAGCUUCUCAGCCGGAAAAGAGUUCUGCUGUACUGACGGGCAGCAUCACAAAUGUUAA